UGUAGACAUGUUGAAGGUUUGUGUAUUGCUUCUUCUAGCGUCCAUUGCACAUUGGGCGCCGGCAGUUGAUAAGAGCAACUUCAAGUGUUGUAAUGACUGCAGUUUUUGCAAACGACAUCGAAACAUUUCUCCUCACAGUUCGCCAUACGUAGUCAGACCUGAAUCCGUUACAAUCGAGUCGUCAUCAAUCACGUUGGAGAUUGAGAACACUGACAACAACGUUAUCUUCUCUGCUGUGUUGAAUUCUCUAGCUGACGGCCGGGCAAGGUUGCGGAUUCGAGAAAAGGAUCCUUUGAGACAGCGUUAUGAAGUGGAAGGCGCAUUGGUUGGGGAACCUGAAGAGCAACCGUUGAAUUAUGAUCAGAGAGAUGAUGGUAGUGUGACUGUUGGUAUUGAGAAUAGAAAGAUUGUAGUGUCGUACAAACCGUUCAGAGUUGAUUUUAUGAUUGAUGAUGUUGCCGUGGUGACGCUGAAUGCACAGGGAUUGUUGGAGUUUGAACACUAUCGAGAGAAAGUUACUAGAGAUGCUGCACCAAUAGAUAAACAAGAUGUAACUCCUGAAGAAGGCGAGGUUAACUCUGAGGAACAUAACAAUGUAAACGAGGAAGAUGCUAAUAGUGUGGAAGUGUCUCAAUCUAAUGACAAGGAAGAAGAGGUGGUCAUAGAUGCACCUAAUGGAGACCAUGAAACAGAUGAGCCUAAUAUUGCUGUACUUGAACCAAAGGGACCAGAAGUUGAUGAUGUUAAGCCAUCACCAGAAGAUGAGAAAACUGAGGAAAAUGAAGAUGAGAAAACUGAGGAAAAUGAAGAUGAAAGGGAAAAUGAGGAGGAGGACGACGACAACGAUCACCAUGAUGAUAGUGCAAGUCACAAGGAUGAUUCUGGACUUUGGGAGGAAUAUUUCAAGUCUCAUUAUGACUCAAAACCAUAUGGUCCUAGUGCUGUUGGUAUGGACAUUUCAUUUCCUGGUUGUAAAUAUGUUUAUGGCAUUCCAGAACAUGCAGACACUCUGGCACUAAAAGUCACCAAGGACAGUACAGAUCCAUAUCGGUUGUACAACUUGGAUGUGUUUGAAUAUGAAUUGGAUAAUCCGAUGGCUCUGUAUGGUUCUAUACCUUACAUGUUGGCACACAGUUCACAUCAUACAGCUGGUGUUUUCUGGCACAAUGCUGCAGAAACUUGGGUUGAUGUUAGUUCAUCAACAACAGGAAAGAGUGUGUUGUCAAGACUGAUGGAUUAUUUCAAGUCAGAGCAAGAUAUGCCGCAAAUUGACACACACUGGAUAUCAGAAAGCGGAAUUAUUGAUGUCUUUGUGUUGUUUGGACCAAAGCCACGGGAUGUAUUCCGACAAUACAGUAACCUAACAGGACCGACACCAUUGCCACCACUCUUUGCGUUAGCAUACCAUCAGUCCCGUUGGAAUUACAGGGACCAGACUGAUGUUGAAGAAGUCCAAAGUAAUUUUGAUAAGCACGACAUUCCCUAUGAUGUUCUGUGGUUAGAUAUUGAGCACACAGAUAACAAGAAGAUCUUUACUUGGGAUGGUCAGAAAUUUCCAGACUCAGUAAAGAUGCUAAAUGAUUUGUAUCAUUAUGGCCACAGGAUGGUGACUAUUAUCGAUCCUCAUGUGAGGGAAGAGGAAAACUACCACAUUCAUGAUGAGGCUUGUAGUAGACAACUCUUCGUAAGGAAGUCUGACAGAACACGAAACGAGAGCUACAGUGGUCAUUGUUGGCCAGGUCAAUCUUGUUGGCUGGAUUUUGUGAAUCCAGCAGUGAGGGAGUGGUAUGCCAGCAUGUUUGACUUAGAUAAAUAUCAGGGCUCAACGUUGUCAUUGUUUACAUGGAAUGACAUGAAUGAGCCAUCUGUGUUUAAUGGCCCUGAGAUAACUAUGCACAAAGAUGUUCGUCACAGUGACGGCUACAAUGACUGGGAACACAGAGAUGUUCACAACAUCUAUGGAAUGUUUCAACAGCAGGCUAGCUCUGAAGGUCUUGUACAUAGAUCAGAUGACAAGGAGAGGCCUUUUGUGCUCUCAAGAGCAUUCUUCGCUGGAUCACAGAGAUUCGGUGCUGUAUGGACUGGUGACAACAAAGCUGAGUGGAGCCAUCUGGCUGCAAGCAUGCCAAUGCUCAUGUCAAUCAGCUUGGCAGGUCUUCCCUUCGUUGGUGCAGAUGUUGGUGGAUUCUUCCAAAAUCCCAGUGAUGAGCUAUUAAAAAGGUGGUACCAGGCUGGUGCAUAUCAGCCAUUUUUCAGAGCACAUGCUCACAUGGAUACAAGACGACGAGAACCAUGGGUUUUUUGUUCUGAAACACUAAAUUCAAUUCGAGAGUCUAUUAGGGCUCGUUAUGCUCUCUUGCCUUAUUGGUACACAGAAUUUUACAAGACUUCACAAACUGGAGAGCCCGUCAUGAGGCCACUGUGGGUUGAUUAUCCCAAUGAUGAAAGAACAUACAGCAUGCAAGACCAAUACCUCAUUGGUUCUGACCUUCUGGUGAAGCCUGUGACAUCUGAAGGAGCAACUUCGAUUUCAGUUUAUCUCCCUGAUAAAAAUGGGGUGUGGUACGAUCAAGAUGACUAUACACAAUACAAUGGUAACCAGGAUCUCUCACUGUCAGUGACCAUCGAUAAGAUUCCUGUAUUCAUUCGAGCUGGUAGCAUUAUCCCAAAGAAGCUAAGAGUUAGAAGGUCAUCUGAAAUGAUGUGCAAUGACCCAUACACACUGUACAUUGCUUUGGACAAACAGGGUAAAGCAUCAGGAUUACUUUAUGCUGAUGAUGGACACUCUUUUGAGUAUAAGACAAAGGGCCAAUUUUUGCUGAGAUCCUUUGAGUUUUCCAACAACGUACUUACGAGCAAAUCUGCCAAUCCUCAAGGUGUUUAUCAGAGCAAGUCAUACAUCGAACGUGUAAUUAUAUUGGGUCUUGAUUCACAACCUUCUUCUGUCACUAUUCUUGAACAAGCAUCAUUCUUUUCUAUUGGCUCAGGACAGUCUCUCAAGUUCACAUAUGAUGCUCGCAAACGGAGCCUGAUUGUGAAGAAACCAGGGGCCAAUAUUGGCAAAGACUUCAGUCUUAAACUCAGUUGAGAAUCAGUAGCUUGGAUAGCAAUGUAGAGAAAUGGUACAGUACUGCCUUUUUCUUGGUGCACAUCAUUGAUUAAAAAAGGUUAAAAUAAAAUUAAGAAUGACGUGA